GAGUGCAGAGAGAUUAAAAACCGUGGAAGCAGAACUCGCGUUAUCUUUGAGCAGAGGCAGGGGAGAGAGUGUUAUUAGGUAUUUACGUUCGGGAAGAAGUCGCUGUUUUGGGCCAACUAAAUCAGACAGUAUUAAAGGAAAGCCAGAAUCUGGUGUAGGCAGAUAGAAAAGCUGAAGCUAAGCGGCGCGAGGAGAGCGGGGGGAGAGAGAGAAAUAGAGAGAGGAGAGCGCGAGCAGAGCGGAGCGGAGCGAUUUAGGGUUUUGAAAUCCCCAAUCGGAUGAAAAGGAAGAGUGCGUGAGCGAUUGAGAGUUGGUGAGAGAGAGAGAGUGAGAAGAGAGUGGAGAGAUCUGCACAAAUUCUCGUUCUCCUGAACCGCAAGAUCUACUUUCGUCAUGUCCGACCGAAAGCUCGUCGUGUUGGGAAUUCCAUGGGAUGUGGAUACUGAAGGGUUGAGAGAAUACAUGACUAAAUUUGGUGAAUUGGAGGACUGCAUUGUGAUGAAGGAGCGUUCCACUGGUCGUUCUCGUGGUUUCGGAUAUGUAACAUUUGCCACAAUUGAGGAUGCAAAGGCUGCAUUAGCAAGUGAGCAUUUCCUUGGCAAUAGAAUGCUUGAGGUUAAAAUAGCAACACCAAAGGAGGAGAUGAGAACAUCAUCAAAGAAAGUGACCAGGAUUUUUGUAGCAAGGAUUCCGCCAUCUGUGACAGAAGCUGCAUUCAGAAGUCAUUUUGAGAAAUAUGGUGACAUAACAGAUCUAUACAUGCCAAAGGAUCCAACCACCAAAGGUCAUCGUGGAAUUGGAUUUAUCACUUUUGCAAAUGCUGAAGCUGUGGAUGAUCUGAUGGUUGAAACUCAUGAAUUGGGAGGUUCAACAGUGGUUGUGGACAGGGCGACACCAAAGGAGGAAGAUUUCAGGCCAAUUAGUCGAAUGCCCCAGGGUGGGGGUGGAUAUGGUGCUUAUAAUGCUUAUAUUAACGCGGCAACUAGAUAUGCUGCACUUGGUGCUCCAACCUUGUAUGAUCAUCCUGGUUCUAUGUAUGGAAGAGGGGAGGCACCUCGGGGGAUGGGCAAAAAGAUCUUUGUUGGUAGGCUUCCUCAGGAGGCAAGUGCAGAAGAUCUUCGUCAGUAUUUUGGAAGAUUCGGUCGUAUUUUGGAUGUUUAUGUGCCAAAGGACCCCAAGAGAACUGGUCAUCGGGGAUUUGGCUUUGUUACUUUUGCUGAUGAUGGUGUUGCAGAUCGUGUAGCUCGAAGAUCUCAUGAAAUAUGUGGACACCAGGUUGCAAUAGAUUCAGCGACACCAAUUGAUGAUGCUGGUCCUAGUAGUAAUUUCAUGAUGAAUAAUCCUGAACCAUUUGGGUAUGGCGGACCAAUGCGCACUUAUGGCAGGAUGUAUGGGAGCCUGGAUUUUGAUGACUGGGGUUAUGGUGUCGGUGGCAGUAUGAGUGGUGGCAGACCCUCACGUGCAGAUUACAGAUACAGGCCUUACUGAGGAUCCGAGGAGAGUUGCAACUCUAUCUGAUAUUUGUCUUGAACAAUUAAUCCGAUGCCCUGCCAGAUUGUGGUUAUUUUUAACCAUGACAACCACUGUUAGCAUUUCAAUUACCUAGUAAUGUUAUUCAUAAUAUACUUUUUAGCUGUCUUGUAUUUGAAGAGGGAAAAUGUUGACAAUUUUAGUUGCUUGUUAGUUGGUAUCCAAAGUAACUUCUAAUGAAAAUGCUGUUGAUGUUGCUGAGCUGGAAAUAAUACAUUGAUGCUUCAGCUUAUGUACUAGUAAAACUUGGUGCUGCCAGUUUUUUAUUUA